AUGGCUCGCCGGCUAAUGUUGGAGGGGGAGAGGUCGGAGCCGGCGAGGAAGAGGAGCGGGUGGCUGCCCACGAAGCAGGCCCGCAGGGGAUCUUGCCGGGGAAGCUAA